AUGCUAAAAAGUAGUACUCAACUUGGCGCGAAUUUUAUAUAUUUUGCAAGAACUCGCGAAUCGCUCGAGAUUCUAAAAUGGUGGAUUCUUUGUGCAUUAGAUUCGAAAUGUAUGAAUCCGGAUGGCGCAAAACUGAACUGUCAAUUUGCCGAUAAUCGAUACGAAAUCUAUGCAAAUUGUUUUCGAUUUGAUCAAUCGGUUUUGAAUUUGUUAUUAUUGAAUAAGUUUCAAGAUCAUAAGAAAUACUUGAGUUCAAAUGGAUUCGGUGGAUCACAUUAUUAG